AUGGGACAUCAUAAAUGGAUGAAGAUGGUUCCCUCCAUCUGGAGGGAAGGCAGGUGGGCGAUUCGAAGCAUGCUCUGGGUGAAGAAAGAGGUAGAGGCGGAACAAGUGCCGAUAGAGUCCCCCGAUCUCACGGCAGCGGUCAUCCGGCUCCCCAAGCGACUGAUUUUCAUAGCAUCGGUUUAUGUUGAAGGGGGCGAUGCCUCAGCUCUGGACGACGCAUGCAAUCACUUACGGAACGCGAUCACGAAGGUGCGGCGAGACACAGGCGCGGUGGUGGAGGUGUUGAUCGUGGGAGACUUCAACCGACACGAUCAACUCUGGGGAGGAGACGACGUGUCCUUGGGAAGACAGGGCGAAGCGGAUCAAAUCGUCGAUCUUAUGAAUGAAUUUUCCCUCAGCAGUCUGCUCAAACGGGGUACAAAGACAUGGCAUGGCGUAGGACAGACUGGGGACUGCGAGUCCACGAUCGACCUCGUCCUAGCCUCGGAAAACCUGACAGACUCCAUGGUUAAGUGUGCCAUACUCGGGACAGAUCACGGUUCGGAUCACUGCGGCAUUGAGACCGUAUUCGAUGCCCCAUGGUCGCCCCCAAAGCAUCAGGAACGACUACUGCUAAAAAACGCUCCAUGGAAAGAGAUCAAUGUCAGGAUUGCGAACACCCUAGCCGCCACUCAGUUAGAAGGCACGGUGCAGCAGAAGACCGAUCGACUCAUGUCGGCGGUCUCCGAGGCGGUACGUGCCUUAACACCAAAGGUCAAACCGUCACCACACGCAAAGCGAUGGUGGACAGAUGACUUAACGCAGCUCCGUCAAAUAUAUACAUACUGGAGGAAUCGUGCCCGUUCCGAACGGCGAGCCGGGCGAAAGGUACCACGCCUAGAAGAGGCUGCUGAGGCUGCAGCGAAACAAUAUCACGAUGCCAUCCAGCAACAAAAGAAAAAGCACUGGAACGAAUUCCUUGUAGACAACGAUAACAUAUGGAAGGCCGCUAAAUACCUCAAGUCGGGAGAUGAUGCAGCGUUUGGAAAGGUCCCGCAGCUCCUGAGAGCAGAUGGAACCACCACUACUGAUCACAAGGAGCAGGCAGCAGAACUACUGACGACGUUCUUUCCGUCUCUGCCGGACAUUAUCGACGAUGAAGGGAGGAGACCAGAAAGAGGAUCGGUUGAAAUGCCAGCCAUCACGAUGGAAGAGGUAGAGCGGCAACUGUGGGCGGCCAAGUCCUGGAAAGCGCCCGGAGAAGACGGCCUGCCGGUGGUAGUCUGGAAAAUGACGUGGCUCACGGUUAAGUACAGGGUUCUCGACCUGUUCCAAGCCUCACUGGAAGAGGGCACGUUGCCAAGACAGUGGAGACACGCGAAGAUCAUACCGCUCAAAAAGCCCAACAAAGAAAAUUACAGCAUUGCCAAAGCAUGGAGACCAAUUUCACUCCUCGCGACACUGGGCAAGGUAUUGGAAUCGGUGGUUGCAGAAAGGAUCUCACACGCGGUGGAGACUCACGGUCUGCUCCCGACUAGCCACUUCGGAGCCCGAAAGCAACGGUCCGCUGAGCAAGCACUCGUGUUCUUGCAGGAGCAAAUCUACACGGCGUGGCGCGGCCGACGAGUAUUAAGCUUGAUCAGCUUCGAUGUCAAAGGAGCCUACAAUGGAGUGUGCAAAGAACGACUUCUUCAGAGGAUGAAAGCGCGAGGCAUACCGGAGGAUCUGCUCCGGUGGGUUGAGGCGUUCUGUUCAGAACGAACGGCGACCAUUCAAAUCAAUGGGCAAUUUUCUGAGGUCCAAAACCUACCUCAGGCGGGACUGCCACAGGGCUCGCCACUGUCCCCGAUCUUAUUUCUUUUCUUUAACGCAGACCUUGUACAACGACAGAUUAUCAGCCAAGGAGGAGCAAUCGCGUUUGUGGACGAUUUUACUGCAUGGGUGACCGGACCAACUGCUCAGAGUAACCGGGAGGGCAUCGAAGCAAUUAUUGCUGAAGCGCUCGACUGGGAGAAAAGGAGCGGAGCGACUUUUGAGGCUGAGAAAACAGCCAUCAUACACUUCGCCCCCAAGGCUCACAAAAUAGAUCAGGAGCCUUUCACUAUCAAGGGACAGACCAUUGUGCCGAGAGACCAUGUCAAGAUCUUGGGCGUUCUCAUGGACACGAGACUCAAAUACAAGGAACAUAUCGCGAGGGCAGCGUCCAAAGGCCUAGAAGCAGCCAUGGAGCUUCGGCGACUUCGCGGCCUAACGCCAGCGACCGCACGGCAGCUGUUCACAUCGACGGUGGCCCCGGUGGUCGAUUACGCCUCGAGCGUCUGGAUGCACGCUUGCAGGGACAAAGCCAGCGGACCGAUCAACCGAGUCCAAAGGGUGGGAGCGCAAGCAAUUGUAGGGUCAUUUCUCACAGUUGCGACCAGUGUUGCGGAGGCAGAGGCUCACAUCGCCGCUACACAACGUCGUUUCUGGAGACGGGCCGUGAAGAUGUGGACGGACAUUCACACCCUGCCAGAAACCCAUCCGCUCCGCCGGAGUACAUCGUGGAUCAAGAAGUUCAGGAGAUACCACCGCUCACCAUUGUACCAGGUAGCGGACGCACUGAAAAACAUCGAGAUGGAGACACUAGAUACCAUCGAUCCGUUCGUGUUGGCACCAUGGGAGACUCGCGUGCAGACCGAUGUUGAAGCAAUGGCGGACUCACAUGCAGUACCGGGCGGAUCAAUUCAAGUUGCGGUCAGCAGCUCGGCUCGGAACCGCCUUGUGGGAUUUGGGGUUGCGAUCAAGAAACAGCCACCUCGGUAUCGAAAGUUGAAACUGAAGAGCUUUUUCGUGACACUUGGCGCAAGAUCAGAACAGAACCCAUUCUCCGCAGAGCUAGCAGCAAUGGCACAUACAUUGAACAUGCUAGCGGGACUGAAAGACUACCGGAUCACGCUGCUCACGAGCAACAAAGCAGCUGCCCUCUCAAUAAGGAACCCUCGGCAACAGUCGGGCCAGGAGUUUGUUCGCCAAACGUAUAAGUUGAUCCAAAGACUGCAGAGAAACGGAAACCACAUCAAUAUUCUGUGGGUCCCUACCAGUAACGACAAUAAGCUGCUAGGUCUGGCCAAGGAGCAGGCCAGGACCGCGACCCUGAAGGAUGCCGUCCCGCAAGAAGCGGUCCCCAGGAUGAAGUCGACAACACUGAAUCUCGCUCGGUCUCAAGCAACUGCCUACAAUGACUUGCCGGAGAACGUAGGAAGACACGUGAAACGAGUAGAUGCAGCUUUGCCAGGAAAACACACUCGACAGCUGUAUGAUCGAUUAUCGUGGAAAGAAGCGAGCGUGCUGGCUCAACUCCGGACUGGCAUGGCUAGACUCAACGGUUACCUCCAUCGGAUCAACGUUGCAGAUUCGGACCAGUGUGCAUGUGGACAAGCAAGAGAGACCGUGGAACACUUCCUCUUCCGAUGUCGGAAAUGGACCACACAACGAAUAGCAUUGCUGCAAUGUAGCAACACUCACCGGGGCAAUCUCUCCUUCUUCCUGGGCGGGAAAUCGCCCUCUGAUAAUCCGCAAUGGACGCCGAACUUAGAAGCCGUGCGAGCCUCAAUACGAUUCGCGAUCGCCACAGGCCGACUCGACGCCUCUUAA